CUGUGUUCCAGAGACGACGUAAUAAGGUAUCGACUGUGAAGUGGAAGCUGUGUAGAAUUAACCGUCUGGUUGAUCAAAUUUGCUGUAAUGAAAUGAAAAACGGAAGAGGCCAGUGAAGUGGACAGGAAGAUGGACAUUUUGAUGUGAUAAGGAUAAAUGAUGCUCAUUUAUAUUUGUCUAUAGGAUUUUCUUCCAAUCGCAACAAUGACGUGUGCACUGUAUUUGGAACAUUAUUUAGACAGCCUGGAGCACCUGCCAAUCGAGCUGCAGCGGAACUUCAUGCUGAUGCGGGACUUGGACAAGCGAGCACAGGACCUGAUGCGCAACAUUGACAAGCUGGCUGGGGAGUACCUGCAGCAGGUGCGCACGAUGCCAGCGGAACGCCGCCGCGAGCAGAUGAACAACAUCCAGAACCUGUUUGACAAGGCCAAGGAGUACGGGGAUGACAAGGUGCAACUGGCUAUCCAGACCUACGAGCUGGUGGAUAAACACAUCCGGCGGCUCGACUCUGACUUGGCCAGGUUUGAGGCAGAGAUACAGGACAAGGCAGUCAGCAACUCUCGCAAUCAGGACGAUGGCACCACUUCAAAGAAAGGCCGGAAGAAGCUGAGGGACAAGGAGCGCAGCAAGAAGCGUGGCGGUGUAUCCUCAGAAGACGACGGCGGGUCCAGCACGGUCAAGUCGUCCCGUAAGAAGCAGAAGAAGGGCGGAGGUGGCGGUGCGGGCGGCGGUGCCGGGAGCGGAGGAGGGUCAGGGGGUGCGGGCAGCGGCGACAGCGGGGAUUUGGGUGGCGGUGCGGCAGUGGCGGCAGCAUUGGCGGGCAUCGCACACCCGUCUGACGUGCUGGACAUGCCGGUGGAUCCCAAUGAGCCCACCUACUGCCUCUGCCACCAGGUCUCGUAUGGUGAGAUGAUCGGCUGCGACAACCCCGAUUGUCCGAUAGAGUGGUUCCACUUUGCGUGCGUGGGUCUGGUGACAAAACCAAAGGGCAAGUGGUUCUGUCCAAAAUGCACAGCAGACCGCAAGAAGAAAUGAGCAGAGUGGAAUGCGGUGGAGUCUGGACGCCCAGGUGUAUACGUUUCUGGCAGCAGAAAUCUGUCUGUGUUCACUCAGCAGUGUGGAACAGUUGCUUAGAAUGGUCAGUUAUCUUCAUCUUCUACAAUCACUGUGUGAAUUACUCAUAAAUUGUGGUACUUCAUAAUGACAAAACAUAUUAGAGGAUUGCAAGGGACAGCACACACUUACAGAUUCUCACUAAGUUCGUCUUUGUCACAGAAGAAAGGUAACGUCACAAGAAUAAAUGUCAUUAAGAAUUCAGUUAAAAGGAAAUUUUGGUUCUUAUUAUUUUAAACGAAGGAAACAUGACAGAAUCACAAUACUGUUUAUAUUUUACAAUAUAUAUGUUCCUUAUUACUCUAGCAAGAAAAAUUUUGUCAGUUCAAGGCCCAUCACAUCUUCAGUGUUUUAUACAAUUAUAGAAAUUAUUCUAUGGGGAGGGUUGUGUGGGUGAAGAUUGUCCUCACUUCGGUUGGGAAUCUGCCUAUGGUUAUUAGAGUGAGUGCCACACCUCUGUUGUAUCAGCUGUGGAUCUUUGAGUUCUGAAGUCCAGCUGCUUCUAUGUUAGUGUUUACAGAUAUAAAAACAAUGUGAAGGUCGCAGCUGCAAAAAAGUGCGUUGAAUUGUCUGAGGCUGUAAAAUGUAAACUCUGAUGUCAUCUGGUACCAAAGUUUUGGAGUUUUAUCAAAACUGUUAAAAUUUCCUGCCCCACAGUAAUGUUUUGAGCAUUUAACACAGCUGUGGAAUAGCCUCAAAAGUCCUGAGCCGUGGGUUGCUGUGGCAAAUUAGUCACAUGUUCUCAUCAAAAUGAGUGUAAGAUAUGAGCCGGAGCCAUCUUUAUAUUAAUUCUUCACAUUUCAUCUGCAAACAAUUCAACCACUAACUCCAAUUUUUCUGUAAUAAGAACUUUCAUCACUAAACUAAGGAACAGUAUUAUUUAGUGGGAAUUUGUGUGUAUAUCCGAAGGAAAAUGCGCUUAAGAAAAAUGUAAAACUCUGGGAGGAUAGAAUGGCUGGUAGUGCUUAAAUUCCCUUUCAGCAGUUCUGUCUCCUAUGGAUUUAUAUGAGUUGUAGACACUGUGGAUGACUUUCCUGCAAUCUUUCACUAUGGGACAUCACAGUUUGAAAUUAAUUUUGUGGCUUGUGUGUUCACCCCCAGGAGGCAGAAGUGAAGGAUGAUUAAUUUAUUUGAAGAAAGAGUUUGACACUAGUGAGGGAAUAUAGGAGCUUCAAAAGAAUGUCCACAGUGAACAUUGUAUCUACAAAGAUUUUCAAAGACUAACUGACAGGAAUUGUCAUAAUUUGUUAACAUUGCCAUUCUUAUUGGAAAAUUUUAGGGUAUGUUAAGACUAGGAAUUUUAAAUUAUUACAGCUGAUGGUGGAAUGAUAUAUAUCAUAAAAUUUACUCUGCAGUGCAUGUUGUGAAAAACUGAGAUGGUGUGAAGUGUAUCAGGUGGAGAAAUAUUUUUUUGUUCAGACCACACAUCUGGCUACAAUGGCAAAGUUUAGACAAAGUGCACAUUUAGGUGCCUGAUGAUGUUUAUGAAAGAAAUGUGUUACAUAUUAUAGAUAUUCUAAUCCAUGAAUAAGGUUUAAAGAACAAAAUUGUCAAUUUUUAUGCAACUGUGGAUAACUUUUUAAUCUGUUUUUCUCUUCCACAUCCUCCUGUUAUUUUUUUCCUCUUCUUUUUUAAGUAACUGAAAAGUAUUAUGUUAUUUGUUUAUAUUUUUAUAUUGCAUAUAUGUAUGUAAGUGUAUAUACAACAUAAUUUAAUGUGUUCUUUUGACAAUUAACUGCAUAGAUUUUUUAACACAUAGAUCUGUAUUUAUAAAAAAAAUUUAGUGUAUGCUCAGUUUUAGAUAUUCUAUGUCAAACUCCUUAUGAAUCCCUUCCUGUUUAAAAUAUUUUUAUGGCAAUAUACUCUGGGUUAAUCGGCUUUAAUGACUAAGAUUCCACUUCAAGUGUGGUUCCUGCUAUCUUCUUUGGCUUACAGAAUUAAGGUCAACAUGAUAAGAUUAGUUUGUUUGCAUGUUGAAUACUUUAAAUAACUGUAUUUGUGAUAUAACAUUCAGAUAUCCUUUGAUGUGUUUCAUAUUGUGUCAGUAAUGAUUGCAAAUGAUCAAAUUGUUGUUAAGUAUAAGCCUCUGUGUUUCACUUAGCAUACACAGUUCUGUACUAGAACCUGUUGUAAAGUAUUAUGUCAAAA